AGAGGUCAGGCCAGAUCAGAGAAGGCUUUGUAGCAGGCAUGGACCAUGAGUAGGAGGUAGCAGAAUGGCGUAGAAUUUGGAAAGUCACGGUGCCAGGAGGAAACUAUGACAGCUGAGAGGAGCUGUGCUCAACCAAGGCUCUGAAGUCGGGGAGCUGAGGAAGCGGGUUUCCUCAGAUGACAGCAGCAAGGCAGGCCUGCUGAUGGGAAUGGAAAGUGUGUUUUCAGGAAGUGGUGGGAGUUUGGGGGAAGGGAGGCUGGAGGUUUGAAUGAAAUGCAUUGGCUCUCUAACUAGGGCCUGUGGGGCAUGAGAGGAAGCUGACUUUGGCAACAGGAUGUAGGUUUGAUUAGAUUGGGGAGAGGCUAGUGGAGAGCAGUCAGGAAGCAGCCUGGUCAUGAGAUGUGCCAUGUUGGGAGUCAGAAGGAGGUGGAAACCGCAGCGGUGGAAGAUAAGAUCGGACAGGACGUGUGAGAAAGAACUAUCAGUGUAAAGGCAUCUCUGGAGUUCUGUCUUCAGGCCCACAGUCUGUUUAGCAUCUCACGAGCACCGUCUUGGAACAUAAGUGGAUUAUUGUCAUUAGAGGAGGAGGGUGCCCUACUCUAAGAUCAGGUAGCUGGUAUGAGGGGAAAUGCUUGUGUUCUUAAGCGUUGCAUCGAAUGAGGGUCCUGAUGAUUCCUCGUGAGGUCCUGGAAGGAGGAGAGCCCAUCAGGGUGUAAGGCAGAGUGACUGACUCAGUGCUGUCCAGUCUGAAGGACUUAGCAGGCUGGGAAGGGAGAGGAUGAGGAGAAGGUAGUUGAGGGCAGAGGGUGUGACAGUAGGCAGGGACUGAGAGACAUGGGUAAGUCUGUCCUCAGAAGAAAGGACUUAGAGGACUGACCGACCCAGCCCUGACUGGGCACCUUAUAUGGCACUGGCACAAGAAUCUUGUGAGGUGAGUGGGAUUGUCACUUGACAGGAAGCUCAGCAGGCACACAGCUGUCAUUUGGUAGAGCCAGGAUUCAGACUCAGGUCUGUUUGCUACUGCGUGAGUUUCACGGGUCCUAAGGCUCCCUCCUUCCUUCCUUCCUUUCUUAUUUUUUAUUUAUUUUUUUGAGACAGGGUUUCUCUGCAUAGCACUGGCUGUCCUGGAAUUCAUUAUGUAGACCAGGCUGGCCUCAAACUCAGAGACCCACCUUCUACUGCCUUCCAAGUUCUGGGAUUAAAGGCAUGCACACUACUACCUGGUUCCAGGCCCUAAGUUUUAUUUGAGGUAUUUUAAUUUAGCAGGGCUGGUGUGAGUUCGGGGAGAACCAGCCUUCUCUGAGCCAGUUUUCAGUGAAAAGGCUCUCACUGGGGGAAAUAGGGCUAUAUAAGCCUUGGGGAAGUGGGUAGGGAUGUCCCGGGUGAGUGUACAUCAUUGGCUGAAAUGCUUCAUCUGCAUGGAGAGGCAUUUCAGGGGCUAGCUGGACACGGCUUUAUGGGGAAAUAGGAAGUUUUGAUCUGAAACCUGGCCACCCAGGCUAUGUGACUACCUCAAGUGUGGCAGAGGUAGUGGUCUCAAGGAUGCUUGCGCCUGGGCAUGCAGGCUCAGAGGAGGGAGAGAGCCAGCCUCAAGAUGAGAUUUUUGGGGUUUGGACAUGUCUGAACCUCUUUCUUGAUCUGGGCUGGCUCCCCCAGUUGCAGGGCUCACCUGCCCCACAGUAAUCCUCCCAUCUGAAUCUCCUGAAUUCUGGGCUUAUGGAUAUGCUACUGAAUUCAGCUUAAUUUUAACCUUUGUACAAAGAAGAAGAAAGAAAAGAAACUUGCCCUAUAUUAGACUUCCCUUGCGUCUGAUGGCUAUGGCGAGUUUAUAAUGAACUUCAGGAUUUCCAAGAUAGCACAGAGGCUUGGGCUGAGGAGAAGUCUGUCUGGUGAUUGUUUACUGGGGGAAGUCAUGAUUGAUGCUGUUUCUCAGCGGGAGUCUGAGGUGAUUAGAGCCCUCACCAUCAGCUCUGCAGUGUCUCACUUUUUUCACUGGUCCUCUAAGAUGGGGGUUUCUCCCCGGAGGAGGAAUCAUGUUCUGACUUCUGCCUUUAAGAUUACCUCUGUUGGGAGUUGGAGAGAUGGCUCAGUGGUUAGGAGCACUGCCUGCUCUUCCAAAGGACCUGGGUUCAAUUCCCAGCACCCACAUGGCAGCUCACAACUGUCUGUAAUGCCAAUUCCAAGGGAUCUGACAUAUUCACACUAAUGCACAUUAAAUAAAUAAAAUAAAUAAAUAAGUAAAUAAAAAGAUUACCUCUGUUAAGCCAGGCGGUGGUAGCCCACACCAUUAAUCCCUGCAGUGGGGAGGCAGAAGCAGAGGCAGGCAGAUCUCUCUCAGUUGGAGACUAGCCUGGUUUACAAACCAGUGAGUUCCAGGACAGCCAAGACUACACAUAGAGACCCUGUCUCGAAAAAAACAUUAAAAAAAAAAAUGGUUAUCUCUGUUGGUCUUCAUUGGAUAACACACGUUGCCCUUCAUAGUGGCUCCCAGGAGUCAGGACACCUUCAUUCCUUCUCAAACAUUUGCUCGACCUGAUACCAGUCGGCCUCUGUUCUGUUUGUUAAGAUAAAGGUCUUAGGGUGUAUUGACCCAGGAAAGAGCAUUUCAAGGCCUGGUUAGUCACUGCUUAAUAUUUGACUAAGAGGUACCCCUGGGUGUUCUCCCUUGAAGAGUCUUGUAAUUCCAAUUAAAACCGCAUCUCUAUUAAUAAUUUACAUGUAAAGUUUACCUCUGUUUUGUCCAUGUUUCCUGGGUGUUCAUUCUCAGCCCCAAGUCAGGUGUUGGGAUUUCCUGACUGAAUUUCUGCAGUCGUCUCUAAACUAAACCUCUGUCUCGCCUCUGCCCCACUCAUCAAGUUCCUUCAUGUCCCCCAGAACAGGUUUCUUGUCUACCAAACCAAUUGACCUUCUACGGGGGUGGUCGCUUGCAGUCUCUUUCUUGUUGCACUUUUGUUAUUUGCUGGCUGUUUGUUUUGAGAUGAGGCCUCACUCUAUUGUGUCUAGUUCAGGCUGGUCUUGAGCUCACUGGGAAGCCCAGGCUGACCUUGAACUCAUCAUUCUCCUGCCUCAGUCUUCACUUUUUAUCAAUCUUUUAUGUUAUUGAUAUAAAUAUUCUUCUUUUUUCUUUUAGGAACUUCACAAAGUCUUAAAGGCUAGAGGCCUUAUCCUCUCCUCUCCAUGCUCUUUCUGGGUUUCCUCUCAUAGUGAGAACUCAGUGACUAUUGUUGGGAUGAAUAAAGAAAUGUUUGCACUUGCAGGUUGAGAGACCUCUGCUUAGUCCAUCAAGGGGACAAACAGAUGGCUAGCUCUUACUAGACUCUUACCUCUUACAUUCCGGAUACAAGGAACCUUACUUCUGCACCCCCAGCUCCCCUCAUUUUUUUUUUAACCCAGACAGGGUCUCCAUUGCCCAGGAUGGUCUCAGAUACUCUGUUGCUGUGGAUGACCUUGAACUUCUCUGAUCCUCAUGCCUUUACUUCCCUCCAGAUCUUAGGUGUGUGUCACUAUGCCCUUUAUACAGUGCUGUUAUUUGCUGGCUUUUUGUUUUGAGAUGAGGCCUCACUAUAUAUUGUCUCUACUCCAAGCCAGUCUUGAGCUCAUUGCAAAGGUCAAAAUGACCUUGGACUCAUCAUUCUCCUGCCUUGGUCCUUCCUAGGCAAGUACUCUGGGCUGUAUCUUUAGCCUCGAUCAGCAUCUGCCUUUAAAAACAAUUAAAGAUUCACUUUUAUUUUUAAUCAUGUAUAUAUGUGCUUCUGUGACCCCACACAUGGGAAUUCGGAUCCCUGCAGGAGCCAAAAGAGGAAGUCAGCUCUCCUGAGGCUGGAGUUUAGACAGUGGUGGGUGCAGGGAGCUGAAGUCCUCUGGAGGAACAUCAGUCUUCACUGAUAAGCUGUCUCUUCAGGCUCAUGUCUGCCUUUUCUUAAGAAAACCAGUUUUGUUGUUUGUUUAUUUUUGGUUUUCUGAGACAAGGUUUCUCUGUGUAGCCCAGGCUGGCCUAGAACUUAGAGGUUCGCCUGCCUCUACCUCUGGAGUACAGAGGUGUGUGUCACCACCACCCAAUUAAGCUUUGGUCUUAAAGAUGCAUUUUUAAUUUUCAAUUGUACGCAGGCACGUGUGCUUGUGCAGAGGUAUGUAGAUAUGAGUGCAGAUGCCCAUAGCGGCCAGAAGAGGGGUCAGCUGCCCUUGAGAAGUUACAGGUGGUUUGAGCCUCCUGACACCGGUGCUAGAACCUGACUCAGGUCUAUUGCUAGAGCCAUCUUUAACCGCUGAGCCAUCUUUCCAACCCCUAAGCUUUGAUUUUGUAGAACAAAAUGGAGUCAGGUAAAGCUAGGCAAAGCAUAGCCAAAGAUACCUCUGAAUCUUCAAAGGAAGAUUGGUGGGACAUCAUCCUAGACCUAGGGAAAUACUCAUGCCAAUGGGCAAGCCAUUCAGCUUAGCACCAUCAAAGACUCCUCUUAGCCUACAGUGUUUCCAUUCUCCAAGUUCCCUCAUUCAGAGACAGCAAACCCAGCAAGUAUGUAAUAUGUAUCAAUAACUGUAUUUUAAAGCAGCACAUUUCUGAAGUUGGAAGUGUUUUUCCCAUUUCUCAAAUUACAGAGCCCCAAUGAGAUGGUCCCUGUGUGGUCUAAGUAUAAACGUAUUGGGUAGCUUUUUCACUUGCUGUGGUCUAGACCAGCCAUAGUCAUGAGACAACAUUUACUUGAAUUGACAAAGUUGCAGUUGGAAAUCUGAGUUACAGAGAAUUCACUUUCGUGUUGAAGGACAGUGAAAACCUCUCAAGCUAAUGAGCUGGCUCUGGCUGUGGGUGACAGUGUCCCUUGAUGGAAAAUGAGAUUGGGAGGCUCAGCAACCAAAUCUCAGAAUAAAAGGCAGGAGACAGCUCCUCAGUUAAGAGUACUUACUGCUCUUACAGAGGACCCAGGUUCGAUUACCAGCAUUUACACGACAGCUUUCAACCAACUAUAACUCCAGUCCCAGGGGUUCUGGUGCCCUCUUUUGGCCUCUCUGGGAAACAGGCACGCACACGGUACACAUACACACAUGUAGGCACAUGGUCAUAAAAUAAAAAUCUUGGGACGACAUCACUGCUCCUGGGGGUUUGUAUGAGAUUGACCACAUUGUCCUUGUUUGAUAGCCAAGCUUUCAGUCCACACAGGCCUGUCAAAAGAGCACUUACACAAAGCAGUGGGCAACUUCUGUAACUGUUACAGAUUGUUGAGGUAAAAAAAAGAAUGCCUGUGCCCCUGCCCCCACCCACCCCGUGCUUUGGGAAAUGAGACUCGGGUUUUCCAGAAAAAUUCCGAGUUUAAAAUAUUUAUCUUUUGGGAGUUGGAAAGCUAGCUCAGUGGUUAAGAGCAUUGGCUGUUCUUCCCAGAGGACCUAGGUUCAAUUCCCAGCACCCACACGACAGCUCACAACUGUCUGUAAAGCCAGUUCCAGGGAUUCUGACACCUCACACAGACAUACAUGAUCUCGUACGUAUUCAUAAAUACAUACAAAACAUCAGUGCACAUGAAAUAAAAAUAAAGAUUUUUUUUAAGUGUCUUUUGGUUGGAGAGAUGGCUCAGUGGGUAAAAGCACUAAUUGCUCUAAGUUUGGUUCCCAGCACCCACCUCAGGUGGCUCACCACCACUUGUAACUCCAAUUUAAGGGAGCUGGCACACAUCUGAAAUCUUAGCUUUCAGGAGGUGGAGGAGGGUGGCUAUAAGUUAGAGACCAGCUUGAACUAUACAGGAAGUUGAGGUCCUUCGUGGGAGGAGCUCAGUGGUUGUCAGUUUGGGUGGCAUACCUGAAGCCCUGGGGGAAACCCAGCGCCUGACCCUCUCUCAGGACCCUAGCUCAUUCACAUUCCAAUAGUUGGCAGUUAAACUAUUCAUGUUUCUGUGUUUCAUGCUUGAGGUUAGAAGUCAUUUAUCGAAUUCAUGGCCCAGUUUAGGUUCCAAUAAUGCUUGGCGUAAGAUGGGGACAGUUUGUCUCUGCACUGUGCUACCUGCUGUUCCAGAGUUCAUCCAUCUGCUGUGAGAAGAUGGGACAGAGAAACUUGGAGGAGACCAGCAACUCCAGCGUAGUGGCCUCAUGAUGGUGGAAGGGCUGCUAAACCUCUCCUGACAGAUGUGUAGGCCUCAUGGACUUCCAUUACCCCACAGUGCUGAGAGAUAUCACAGGAAGGAAAAGGGAAUUAUUAGUCUAAAACUUGAAAAAUACUUGAUAAUGGUCACACACCUAUAAAUCCCCACUCUGGGAAGGCCAGGCAGUAGGAUCCUGGAAACCAGGGGCUGAGUAGGCUGCAUAGUGAGGGAGUGCAGUACUGGUUUCCUGGACCAGCAGGGUCAAACCUGUUAAAAAUGUAAAUCCCGCCAGGCAAGGUGGCACCUCCUCUAAUCUCAGCACUUAGGGAGGCAGAGGCAGGCAGACCUCUGUGAGUUCGAGGUUGGCCUGGUCUACAAAGUGAGUCCAGGACAGCCAAGGCUAUACAGAGAAAUCCUGUCUCGGAAAACAAAACAACAAGGAAAAAAAAAGAAAGAAAGAAAAGAGAGAAGAGAAAAAAAGAAAAAAAAAAUGUAAAUCCUACUCCAGAGCCAAUGAAUGAGAAGUGUUAAGGGUAGGUCCAGCCGUCUGGGGUCUCACAAGCCUGUUGGUGGUCUUGACUUAAGCUAACUACUGUGCCAGGUCUUCGGUUUUUAAACUUGGCAGAUGAUGAUGUCUCUCUGGAGUCCAUACCAAGGGUGCUUGAGACUGAACCCAGAGAUUUCUGUAUGCUAAACAUGUGCUCUGCUACUAGGUGGCACCCUAGUUCCCGGGAAAGAUUUCUGGAGGCUCCAUAGCUGGUUCUGUAGUGCAGCGAAAUCUAAACUCUGUGGCAAUGUAGCUUUUUAACUCCAGGGAUGGUCCAUGGAACAACGGCAUUAAUAUCAACAGGGAGCUUCGUAGAAAUGCGCAUUGUCAAUCUUACCCAACUCCACCGAAGCCAAAUACCAUUUAAUCAGAUCUCUCGUGGAUCCUAAUGCACCUUGAAGAAUAGAAGCCUAUCCUGUAUUAGAGGAGAGUAGUUUACAUUCAUACCCUUUCUUGUCCAGUAGAUGAGCCAAGACACAGCUUUGCUCUCCAACCAUCCUUACCAUCUUCUGAUGUCCAGUAGCAACAGCCAGAAGAUUUGAAGUUUGCUGUGUAGCUAAACUGUUCCCUCAACAAUUAUAAACACAUAUGUACAUAUUCUGUGUGUGUGUGUGUGUGUGUGUGUGUGUGUGUGUGCAGCACAUAUUCCAUGGUGCACAUAUGGAAAGCUUUCAGGAGCUGUUUCACUCCUUCUACCAUGUGUGUGGGUUCUGGACAAAAAAAAUCAGGUCAUCAGGCUUGGCAGCAAGUGCCUCUACCCACUGAGCAAUCUUACUGCCUUCAUUCCUCCUUUAAAAACAGUCAUAUGUCGCUUAGGUCUUUUUUUUUUUUUUUUAAAGAUUCAUUUAUUAUUCAUACAGUAUUUUGCCUGCAUAUGUGCAAGCAGGCCAGAAGAGGGCACCAGAUCUCAUUAUAGGUGGUUAUGAGUCACCAUGUGGUUGCUGGAAUUGAACUCAGGACCUUUGGAAGAACAGCCAGUGCUCUUAACCUCUGAGCCAUCUCUCCAGCCUGUCACUUAGGUUUUGAACUCACUGUGUCUGUAGGAUAACUUUGGAUUCCUGAUCCUUCGCCUCCUCCAUCUUGAGUGCUGGUUUUCCAGGCAUGAGCCACCAUGCCAGGUUGAUGGGGUGCUGGAGAUCAAACCCAGGGCUUUGCACACACUAGAUAGACACUCUACCCACUAUGCUACUUGGCCAGCUCACACUCAUUUUUGUUGGCAUGAAAGGGAGAGAACACUGCUGGAGAGGUGGCCUGUGUUAAAACUCCACUUCUUAGGAUUGGAAAGAUGGGUCAGCGGUUAAGAGGGCAUAUUGUUCGCUACUGAGUUUGGUUCAGCACCCAUACGGGGUGUCUCCCAAAUGUCUGUAACUCUGAUUCCAAGAGAAUCCUGUGCCUGCAGGCUCCGUGGACGCCUGCGUUCACAUGUCCAUUCCCACACAAUAUACAUAAUUAAAAAUUAUAACAAAACAUUCAGUUCUUAGCUUGAAACCAAAAGUACUUCAAAUUCACCUAAAUCUGUGAAAUAUAUACCAUAUAGAACACAUGCGCAUGAGAGAGGGAGAAAGAGAACUUUAGCUGCUUUACCAAUAAAGGCGCACAUAGGAUGUUUCGCUAAACAUUGUCUGAGAGUCUCUGAUUUAUCCUCAGAGAAAGUGUUUUCUCCCCAAGCAACACGCCCAGCUGGACUAGAAUUGCAACCUGCCCCCACCAGUCUGGACUCUGCUUCAUCCUUCUUGCUCCUUGUCUGGUGGUGUCUGGACAACCCCAGGAGAAGUGGAUGAAGGAAUCACAUUCCAGGACAGCGAGACCCUGUCUCAACAAAAACUAAACAAAAACCAACAACAAACAUGAACGUAGACUGAUCUAUCCUCUUUGUUUUUUAUUUUAUUUCAGUUUAGUUACUUUACAUCCCAAGGGUGCCCUCUCCUUUCCCCCCCAGAAAAGAGGAGCCUCCUCCACCAAAUGAUUAAUUAAUUAAUUAAUUAAUUAAUUAAUUAAUUAAUGUAUAUGAGUGCUCUCUAUCUGCAGGCCACAAGAGGGCAUCAGAUCACAUUAUAGAUGGUUGUGAGCCAUCUAUAAGGUGAGUUCCAGGCUAGUAUGAACUACAUGAGAUCUUGUCUUAGGGAAAAAAAAAAAGAAAAUGAAUUAAAAAAAAUUUUUUUUUGUUUGUUUUUGGAUUUUCAAGACAGGAUUUCUCUGUGUAGCUCUGGCUGUCCUGGACUCACUUUGUAGACCAUGCUGGCCUUGAACUCACAGAGAUCCACCUGCCUCUGCCUCCCGAGUGUUGGGAUUACAGGUGUGAGCCACCACUGCCCGGCUGAAUUAAAAUGUUUUAAAGUGGAACCUACUGUUGUAGUGUUUGCUACUCCAAGAUGCUAAGGUGAGAAUGUGCAUGGCUGUAACGGGACGCAGGGACCCUCGCUUCUGAGGGCGCAGGCUGGGAGUGUUGCGAAGACGCUGGUUUCUUGGUAGAGGAAACUCAGAAGAGCUCAGUGUGGAGAAGUACACAGUGUUUAAUUUAGUAAAUGUUACUUAUCUCUCCUUAGCUACUGAUUGCAAAAGAACAAUCUUAUCUAUUCAAAACCUUUAAAUGGGGGUUUGAGUUAUCCUUUGCAGUGAUUUUCCAGGUUUAAAUAUCUUUUGAGCCCAAGUGUUACAGAUGAAGCAACCACUGCAUCUGCCAUCUCACCUUCUUGGCCCAGCUGCAGCUCCAGAUUUUGAGAUUCAGAGUGAGAAUGGGGAGAACUUAAAUCAGGACAUGUUUGAGGAUGCAGAAUCGCACGAGAUGUUCUUGAAAAUACCCGGAGGUCAAGGUCCGCAAUCCGAUGGGGAGAGUGACUGUGAGAGAGACUGUGGCUCCGGGGCCGCCCAGGGAAGGGCCCCCGGCGAGGCCCACAGGGACAGGCCAUCCGGAGGAAGGGAGGCUGGCCAGCUGAUAGGCCUGCAGGGCACCUACCUGGGCGAGAAGCCUUACGAGUGUUCCCAGUGCGGGAAAACGUUCAGCCGGAAGUCCCACCUCAUCACACAUGCACGGACCCACACGGGAGAGAAGUACUACAAGUGCGCCGAGUGCGGGAAGAGCUUUAGCGACGGCUCCAACUUCAGCCGACACCAGACCACCCACACGGGAGAGAAGCCUUACAAGUGCAGGGACUGCGGGAAGAGCUUCAGCCGGAGCGCCAACCUCAUCACCCACCAGAGGAUCCAUACGGGCGAGAAGCCGUUCCAGUGCGCCGAGUGCGGCAAGAGCUUCAGCCGGAGCCCCAACCUCAUCGCGCACCAGCGCACGCACACGGGCGAGAAGCCCUACUCCUGCCCCGAGUGCGGCAAGAGCUUCGGCAACCGCUCCAGCCUCAACACGCACCGGGGCAUCCACACGGGCGAGAAGCCCUACGCCUGCCGGGAGUGCGGCGAGAGCUUCAGCUACAACUCCAACCUGAUCCGCCACCAGCGGAUCCACACGGGGGAGAAGCCGUACGCGUGCGCCGACUGCGGCCAGAGCUUCAGCCAGAGCUCGGCGCUCAUCACGCACCGGCGCACGCACACGGGCGAGAGGCCCUACCAGUGCGCCGAGUGCGGCAAGAGCUUCAGCCGCAGCUCCAACCUGGCCACGCACCGGCGCACGCACCUGCCGGAGAAGCCCUACCGCUGCGGCCUGUGCGGCAAGGGCUUCAGCCAGAGCUCCAGCCUCAUCGCGCACCAGGGCGUGCACACGGGCGAGAAGCCCUACGAGUGCCCAACGUGCGGCGAGAGCUUCAGCUGGAGCUCCAACCUGGCCAAGCACCAGCGCACGCACACUGGGGAGCGGCCCCACGAGUGCGGCCAGUGCGGCCGGCGCUUCGGCCAGCGCUCGCAGCUGGCGGCGCACCAGCGCACGCACACGGGCGAGAGGCCCCACCGCUGCCUCCUGUGCGGCAAGAGCUUCAGCCGGGGCUCCGUGCUGCUGAUGCACCAGCGGGCCCACCGCGGGGACAAGCCCUACCGCUGCCCCGAGUGCGGCAAGGGCUUCAGCUGGAACUCCGUCCUCAUCAUACACCAGCGCACCCACACCGGGGAGAAGCCCUACAAGUGCCCCGACUGCGGCAAGGGCUUCAGCAACAGCUCCAACUUCAUCACUCACCAGAGGACUCACCUCAGAGAGAAACUUAGCUGAGGGGGUGGCAGGGCCAGGGGAGGGCUCCCGCCAGGCCCCGUUGUUCCUUUAAAAGAAACGCCUGUCCUUAAUACGCUGUUUCUGCCGAACCGCACCCUGUCUGUCCUCCUUUCUAGGACACCGUUAUCUUAGUGGAGUCCUGUCAGUUGAGGAGUGGCGUAUAGGAGCGGAAGGUUGGAAGGCGGGUCUUCUCCUUCACGGUUCGCUGUUUGAUUGCCCUCCCCCAUGUUCCUGUGUUCUUCCUGUGUGAAGACAGUUUGGUCUGCAGUCUAGGCUGAGCCCUCAGACAAACACUGGACACCAUUUGUGUGGCUCUGAUUGUGUCGCUGUCACUUUGUGCCGAUGAGGUGCCUUUACCCCCAGCUGCUAGCGCUCCAGCCCCCACCCCCCACUCCGGCCUAGACUCUCGCUGGCUUUGGUGUCAGGUCAGGAAGCUAGAUCUCCAGUUCUGAACCAUCGAUGUGAAGGAAAGGCCUUUUCCAGUUCAGAGUGUUGAGAGCGCAGUCUGGGAAGUGUGGCCCGGAACUGGCGUCUCGGUGUGUUUCCUUGGUAAAAGGGACGGUGACUGCCAGGAAUGGCUUAGACUUGUGCAUGCAGUCCCGUGGGACGUGGCUGUGCGGGGAGCACUUGUGGGCACACGGUUUUGUGUUUGGACUUUGAUAUCUGUCCUCCACCUGUCCGGUAGCUUCUGCCCCAUUAAAACAGUCCUGUGUGCUGUAGGCGGUAUCUGCAUUUCUAAA